AUGGGAUCCAGACUACACGUUCAAGAGAUCAAAAAAGGCCCCCCACUUCCCUUCAAAGAUGAUAUCAGAGCUUUCACGCGAGAGUACGCCGAGUCCCUCGACGCACAAGAUCCCCUCCGUCAUUUCCGAGACGAAUUCAUUAUCCCAUCGAAGAAAGACCUGAAGCGGAAGACUCUUAAUGCCAAUGAGAAUAUUGAGGACUCCUCCGACCCCAGAAGUAUUUAUCUUUGCGGAAACUCUCUAGGUCUUCAGCCUCGGAACACCCGGAAAUACCUCGAGCACUAUUUACGGACCUGGGCAAUUAAAGGUGUUACUGGCCACUUCACACCGCAUGACGACCAGCUGCUUCCCCCAUUCGUCGAUGUCGAUGACGCCGGAGCAAAGCUUAUGGCCCCCAUUGUGGGAGCGCUCGAGAGUGAGGUGGCGGUAAUGGGCACGCUAACUGCAAACUUGCAUUUUUUGAUGGCGAGCUUUUAUCAACCAACAAAAGAGAAGUAUAAGAUUAUUCUCGAGGGCAAGGCAUUCCCCAGUGACCAUUAUGCCGUGGAAUCUCAAAUCCAGCACCACAAUCUCGAUCCGAAAGAUGCUAUGGUACUCAUCGAACUUGAAAAUCUCGAUCGUCCUAUUUUAGACACUGAGAAAAUCCUGCGGGUGAUUGAUGAACAUGCCUCGAGUACAGCUCUUAUACUCCUCUCCGGUAUACAAUUCUAUACCGGGCAAUAUUUCGAUAUCGAGAAGAUCACGGCCUAUGCCCAUUCCAAGGGUAUCAUCAUUGGCUGGGACUGUGCCCACGCGGCAGGCAAUGUCGAGUUGAAAUUACACGAUUGGAACGUGGACUUUGCGGCCUGGUGUAACUACAAGUAUCUCAACAGUGGGCCAGGCGGAAUGGCUGGUCUGUUCGUUCACGAGAACCAUGGGCGAGUAGAUAUGACCAAGGUCGGUUCCAAGGAUGAGCCUUUUCGUCCGCGGUUGUCUGGCUGGUGGGGUGACGACAAAAAGACUCGGUUUCGAAUGGAAAACAGGUUCGUGCCGCAACCAGGUGCAGCUGGAUUCCAGUUAUCAAACCCAUCUGUCUUGGAUAUGAACGCAGUGGCGGCAUCCCUGGAAAUAUUCAAUCGCACGUCAAUGGCUGAGAUCCGCAAGAAGUCUCUGGACCUCACGGGUUACUUAGAACAUCUUCUUUUGAAAUAUCCUCUCGAUGCUGCCCCGGAGGACAAGCCAUUCUCUAUCAUUACACCCUCGAACCCGGCCGAGCGAGGUGCACAGCUAAGCCUGCGCUUGGGGCCAGGGCUUCUCGACAACGUCCUAGAAGUUCUGGAGGAGAAUGGAGUAGUGAUUGAUGAGAGAAAGCCGGAUGUCAUUCGGGUUGCGCCAGCGCCUCUGUAUAACACCUAUGCGGACGUGUGGCAGUUCUGCCAGAUCUUCUUCGAUGCUUGCCAAAAGGCAGUAAGAGCCCGAAAGUAA